GAGAAGCUGAGACAACCAGACACAAACACACACACACACACGCACACUUUCGCUUUUUCACUGCCAUGCACUUCUUUCCUUUCGCCUGUAAGCGCACAUGCACUUUACAUGCCUGACAUCCAUGCAGUUGGACACACAAACAACUGCAAGGAAUCACUCUAAAAUAGACAGGGGAGCAUUUCUUUUCUCUACUUCUCAAGAUCACAACUGUUUGGUAAGUGAAGACUCCUCUGAGUCCUGGACAGCAGUAAUAGGAACUUGAAGCAGAAGAAAGCAACUAAGGACACAGGAAGAGGAAUCAAAAAGGACAACCAUAACUAAGGGAGCGGGAAAAGGCUGACGAGCAAACAGGUUGGAGAGAACAUCAACAGAGGAAGACCCACUGCAGUGCAUGAGAAUGUCUUUCCUUUCUGGCUCACCCUGGCAGCAGCCUGGCAUCAUUAAUGGAAACAGUGGGUAUGGACAACCUUCCAGCGGGUAUCAGCAGCAGCAUCAACAACAGCAACACAAACCUCCCGGUACUCUCUCCACUGCCAGCAUCCCUGCCGUGAUGGCCUCUUCUACACUGUCACCCUCCAGUCCAGCUGCUCCCCACCACGGUGACUGGCAUUGCCAAGGCCAGAUGGCACCAGGAGGAGCCACUGCCUCAGCACAGACAGGAUCCAGAAUAACUUUGAUGGAAGAUGAGGGGAAAUUAGGCCGAGGCAGCACCGAGGGGAAUUCAUCGGGGAUGAUGGCAUCAGGAACCCCGAGCUUCACCACGCCGUUGCUGAACAUAGAGGAUGACUGGUCCAGACCAGAAAGGCCAAAGGAAGAUGGACUUAAGGUGGGAGUGGUUGGGGGUGUAUUAGGGAGCGCAGGACAGAGUCCCAACAGCCCCCUGUCGUCACACUCCUCCCCAACUUCAACAUCAGCUUCCCCUUCUCUCUCACCAGGGAGAGUCUUUUCGAAUUCUGUCAUUGAUCCUAAGCCAUUUGGACAGAGCGAUCUCCAGCAAAAUAUGGAAGGAUUUUACCUUCAGGGGUCACAAAAAGCUGUCCAAGGACACAUCUUCUCACCGGUCUCAGAACAUCAGCAAAAAAUGCCAUUAAAUCCAUCCAUCACCAGAGAUACAGUUUCAUAUGAAGUAAAAAAAGAGGAUGAGAGGAUAACAACUGGAAGCCUGUUGAAAACUCUGAAGGAAGAUUCUAAUGCAAGUAAGCCUGGAAAUCAAAUACUGAAGCCAUACUUAGGAAAGUCAGGUUCAGGUGUACCUGCUUCUUCUGUGUCUGACCUAACAGGCUGCACAGCUAGCACUGCAAUGCCCACAGGGCAUGCACCUGCAUCUCUGUCUCCACCCAACAGAGCUGCUGCUAAUGCAGGGCUGAGUGUUGUAGGAGGGUACAGGUCAGACAGAGAAAACUUAAGCCAUACUGAAAUGGGAGCAGCAACAAGUGUUCCACCAAAAAGCAAUGCAUCCGAGAAAAGAGUUGUAAGUCCUGGUCCAGAACAGGCUUUAAAUCGCCAUGAGGAUACAACACACAGAGAACCCAAAACAACGAGAGGUAAUGACAUCCCUCAGCGAACUGCAGUGAGACGUGCAAUGUCUGACUGUUCACAUCUGUCUGUUCCCAUGGUAAUGGCCGGGGCAUACCCUACGGGUAUGGCCAUCACACAAGUGAUGGCACCCAGCACACCAGAUUUCAUCCCAAUGGGAACACCCUGCCAUCCCAGACCCUCUUACCCUCAUGUAGCUGUCCGUCGAUCCCUCACGGUGACAGACGGUUCUGAAGGCUCUGCUUCAAUGGCAACAAGGAUCUCAACUUCUUUAAUGAUGUCACCUGUGGUGCCAUCUUCUCCUCCCCCUAAGAGACAUCAUGGGAGCUGUGAAACCAAUGUUCUACUUCCUGUUCCAACUCCUGUAGGAACACUGACUAAAGGUACCCAGGACACUAUGACAAGAACCACCGUGAAACCUGACAACAAGGAGAAGCAGGAGAAGAUGGACAUCUUCUCCGGCAAGACGGACAAAAUCGGAAACUUGGACAAGAAGGAAGAGCAGCUGAAGAAGGACAACAACACUGACAAGAACCAGAAGCCAGAGAUGAUCCUCAAGAGCGAGGAAAAGAUGGAGAAGCUGAACGACAAGGCUAGCGAGAAGCCGGAGAAGGUGGACAAGCCAGAGAAGACUAACAAGGACGAAAAGGAGGAGGAGAAGAAGCCGGCUGACAAGAAGGAAGAGAGGGGAGGAAAAGGCCCAGCCAAGUCUCCCACAGGCAACAGCAGCAAAACCGUGCCAAGCGCCGACAGCAAGAGCAAGCCUGAUGUUGGUCCAACCAAACAAAACUCAGCCAAAUCGCGUCCAUCCACCCUUUCCACCAAUGAUGUGGCCAACUCUGCCAAACGCCCCUCCCCCACUGCAGCCAAUAAAAAAAGCCCUGUGCCCAAGGCGACCACACCCACCGCUGCAAAACGUCAGCCAGCCACAGGCUCGACCAAGGCUGCCAAGACUCCAGAAAAUGGCGCCGCAGAGAAACGUCCACCCGUACCAAAGGCCACGCCCACUCCUCGGCAGGCCCCCAGUAAGAACGGCACCUCUGCAGCAGCGGCGAAUAAGACCACAGCUAGCAAAAAUGACAAGAAUGAGAACAAGACGGGGGAGGCCAAGAAGCCCAAAACUACAACGCGUCCUCACCCCGCAUCCACAGCCACACCGGUUACCCCAUCUGCCUCCACCAAUGGUGAAGGUGCCGCCACCCAUCGCCGCCGCGUCAUCACGAAACCCCCGGUGCCCAAGCAGACCCCUGUAGAGAAGAAACCAGCGGCGCCUCGCCCUCCCCGAACCCCGCGACCCAUCAACGCUCCGACGCCAGAUCUGAAGAAUGUGCGCUCCAAGAUUGGAUCCAUCGACAACAUCAAGUACCAGCCGGGAGGCGGGAAGGUCUCCUCCACCCCGAACAACAAGACAUCUGACCCUGCCACCCCCGCCGCCAAGGCCAGAGUUCAGAUAGUGCACAAAAAGCUGGACUUCAGCCACGUCACCUCCCGCUGUGGCUCCAAGGACAAUAUCAAACAUGUCCCUGGAGGUGGCAAUGUGCAAAUCUUGAAUAAGAAGGUUGACGUGAGCAAGGUGACCUCAAAAUGUGGCUCCAAGGACAACAUCAAGCAUAAGCCAGGCGGUGGUGACGUGAAGAUCGAAUCCCACAAGGUCAACAUCAAGGCCAAGUCUAAGAUAGGAUCCCUGGACAACGUGGGACCAGGCAGCGAGCAGACAAAUGGACACAAGGAGGAAAAAACAGGAGAGAAGACAUCUCCACCAGCAAGUGGUGCACUACAACAAACAACUGCACCGGCAAGCGUUGCUAAGGAGAACGGCAUGAAGGAGCCCACACCUUCUCCUUUCGGAGGGGACGGUCUAAAGGAGCCCCUUAGCAUAGACAAACGCAUCGCUGAGAAAAACUGAGUCCCUGUGAGCUCCAGAUAGUGGUGGGACAUGCAUGACGCUCACUGACCUGCCAAUCAACUGACCAACAAACGUACCACGGCACAGUCACUUCCCUCUGGCCCCGCCCUUCACCUCACCCACUGCAGCAUCGGAUCAACCGACUGCCUCUCAGCGUUUCUCUGAGGUCUGCCUGCCAGUGUCCUCCUACCGACCCUGAUUUUUGACCUCUAAAAGCACCCGAGCUGACAUUUUGCCCCAUAACCCACAAAGGAGACCACUUGAUGUUUGUCUACACAGCUCUUUGUGGGGCUCCACCAGCUUAACAUCUCGUAACCGCAGAUAUAGUUAAGUUUUACCCCUGUUCACAAAAUGUAACAACCCAGACACAGAAAUACCCUUAAGCAGAGUCGCCUUCUUCAAAUAUUGUUCAACCUACGAGUCUCAGUGCUGAUAAAACACUUUUCUCGGAUCUUUUUGAAAAGCUUCACCUUUCAAAACUCCACUGAUGUUCUAACCGUGUCAAUAGAACUGUACUUCACUUCCAGUUCAGUCCUUCAGAUGUCACUACGUCUCAUCUAGUCAUUCUUACUGGUAUUCAACUGCUCACACUAUUUAACCACACUCAUUAUGAUAAGGUUAAUAUGGUUUAUUCAGUGAAAAAAUAACUGCAGUAAUGUGUUUAACUCCGUAUUAAACUUUUCCUGAUAGACUUGGUAGAGGUGGUUGCAGAGAACACCAUGGCGUUCUAAUCGACUUAGAAGUGUUCAAAAUAAAGUUCAAAAGCUUAUUUUUUGUCAGACGUAGGCGGUACAUUAGGAUGAGAAAAGCACCAAGAAACCAGCUGAUGACCAGAAUAAACCCGUUUUUCAGCUUGAUUGUUCACGAUAAGUUGGAAAUUCAGAAACCGGAUAUUUUCGUGAACAUACCAUAUUUGACAACUUUCUUCAGCGUCAAUCUUUUUACUAAGCGAAGAAAACUUAAAGUUAGCUAUUUUCACUAGUGAAAUGUGAAAUGUUUCAAACUGAAGUCAGAGGGAUGUCGGAAGUUCUUUAAAGGGAAUCUGUAUUUUCUGACAUGCCGAGAUGUGUCUGCGUGUUAUUCAGGUUGCAAGAGAGUAAAACUUUUCAAGCAGUUAACAGUAAGGCCGAACAUAUGUAUUCAUAGUUGCCGUGUUUUAUCCUGGCAAGCUUUCAAACUCACUCUUUCAGUUGGAGACAUUAUUAGAAAAGGUGAUUACCUCAAAGGAAUGUUAAAAGAGGAAGGAUGGAGAAUGUUGGAAGCUUCUCUGAGUGGUCUUGGCUUUAAAUUGAUUAUACUGUUGGAAGUUAGGGUUGUAACAGGAAGACCUUGUCCCUUUUGUUUGUCACAUUAUAUUUCCCCCUUUUAAAUCAAUUAACAUAAAGGACCUCCUGUAACAGUUGUUGCAAACAGCAUCUAUCUAAUGAUGGAAUAUGUCCUGGCAUAAUUGAUGUUAUGAUCUAGAAAACAAAGAUCAGAAGCUUUUCCAGUGGCUAUUACAGAGAUGUGUUAACCACAAAUAUGCAAUAUUUAGAAUAAUUCUUGUGCCAAGUUGUACACAAAUAUGAGUGUUAAACAGUCUGGAUAUAAUGCUUAUGAAGAUGCAGCAAUCUUUAGUUUUUUACCGUAUUAAAUAUUUAAUUGAGGUUGGUCUCGUGGUUGGUCUCCAGUUGAAAUGGCAAAAAAAAAAAAAAAGUUCUCCCACGCCAGACUCAUUUAAGUAUUUCCAGACAUACAUAUUACUCUGUUCAGCACAUGUUUCUGUCUUUCUACUCAUGACACUAACCUUUUUAUGGUCCACCACACUUUCCUGCACUCCUGCAACCCCUGUGAGAGAGCUGCUACUCUGAGACAUGUCUGGUCUACAAUCAUUAGAGAAAAGCAGGCAUAUGGUCCCUUUUUUUCCCUCAUGAAUCUGUUGUUCCCCCUGGUUAUGUGCAUCACCAGAUCUGAGGGUUGAAAGCCCUCACUGUAGGCAAUGAACCACUAACACACUCACAUAUAUAUCUAUAGGAUAAGUUCACAAACACACACACACAUCGGUGUGCCUGAGCACCGAACAGUCACACACUAAAAGCCACCACUUUGCGGUUGGGUACUUCACAUUUGCUAAUAUUUUUGAAACAAUGGUUUGUUUCAUUGUCAUUGUUGCUUAUUUUCCACACUGGCUACCCAUGUUGCAGCGUCUCUGAAUCUCUUUCCUCUUCCUGUGUAUUUCUCCAGCUUUCUGACAGCAAUACAGUAAUAUUAAAAAUGAAGGCUUCUUGUCACCUGUCCAUUUACGUGACACAAAGACAGAAAGAGGACAGAGAAUGGUGGAAGUGAGCAGAAGAGACAGUUAAUGUAUGGGGAAUGAUAACAAUAGCAUUCAUGUUAAAAACUUUACAGUCAUUUAGGGGUUUUUUUCUGUACACAAUAAAAUCCUACCACUUAUAGUGAGACUCAGAGGAGCAGAUUGUCAGGCUUCAAGUUUUCUGCUGCUCUUCUUAGCACAUAUUUUACCCUGACAUUUGUAUUGUAAAUAGAUGACAAAAAAAAGUUUUUGUCACCUUUUUUUUUGUGCAGCAUGUUUGAUUUACGUUGGAUGCCGUUUAAAUAUACAGAAUGUUCUUAAAUCAUACAAUGUUGGACAGCAGGAACUGCCCAGCUCUAAAAGGCAGCAGUGUUUUAGUUAAGCAGAUCCCAGAACAGCUCAUACAUUUGAAGUUUUCUUUCUAAAUUGCUUGUCAUUUUAAAACUAGGAGAGGCUAAAAGCAGCUUUGUUCACAUUGCCACAUUUAUUAUACACUUUGAUCCUUUUUGGAGCAGCUGGCUGGAUUGUUUUAAACAUAUUCCCUUAAAGUAAAUUGCUGUACAUUAUUUCUAGUGCAGGCUCCCCUUGACACUGUGAUGUGGCUUUGAUUUAGGCCAAAGCAUUUCCGAAAUGUUCUACGCGUCACAAAUCGAACAUGAGUAGGCUGUGUCCGUCCUGCUCACAGUGAUUUCAAGGUCGGGAUGGUCUCUGGUGAGGGAUUUGCGACAUCUCUGUGGCGUACUGUAGUUGUCAGAUGUGUGAAGUGUUACUACUGCAUUCAUCCUGUAGAGAGCGCUGCUUAGCCUCUUGAACACUGAUAGUCUGGCUCUGUGACUUUACAAAAAGUUAACUGACAAACAUCCCCCACCAGCUUCCCCUAUGCUGUACUUAUUUAAGCUAGCGCUCUGUUAUUGUGUCUGGAACACUAAAUAUUAUCAGCACCACAUUGUUCGUGUAAAGUUCCCUUACAGGAAAAAAAAAAAAAAGUUUUGUGCACUUUGAACACAGUCUUGGUCAUUUCUUGAUGCACUCAAGUGAUAUAGCUGUACUCAAGUUGCUUUACUGUAUAUUGGUAAAACCUUGUCGGCUGUGUACUGUACGUCUUUGCUUCUGGGAACAAAACCGUCUUGGUAGUUUAGUGAAACUUACGGUGAUCAAAGAGCAAGUGAUCAAAUAGUCAACAGUUAAGUCUAGAAAACGUAAGAACCACAAAUAGGCGUAUUUAUUAUCGUAUCGUUCCUUCCAAACGAUUCCCUCGAGUUGCCUGAAAGCAACAUACGUCACAUGACACAUGCGUGGAUCAUAUGUGAAAAUAAUAAUAAUUAUAAUGUGAAUCCUUCUUUUGUUUUGUUUUCUUUGCAAGCAGAAUAACUGAAAUAUCAAGGCACUUUGAUAGAUGUAGGUGCUGGACUGUGUCUAUAGGAAUAGGGGAAAGUUGUUGUUGCGUCUAAGUUGCUCAAGAGUGCGCCGUCAUAUGAGAAGAUGAGCUGCUGUUUGGUGGAUUUUAGUGGAACUUGGGUUAUCGGUGUUGUGCUGCUGGCUUUCAUAGUCAAACACUCAGCUCUCCAGGCUGCCCUGAUGAUAUUCUUGUUGACAUUCUCUGGGAUUUACAUUCUGGCCAAGCUGCAAGGUCACAUCUACUGAAUGGAAUCAUAUAUUUUUUAUCUUCUGCUCAAAAGCCUCAAUGGACUUUUAGACACCUUCCUUUAAUAUGAUUUACACUAGGAUAGAUGCAACAACUAGAUGGGUCAACAAAAUGUACGUUACUAGCAGAAAAUAGUAGCUUUCGCACUUUAUUUACGUGCAUUAAAGCUGUUAAUACAAAGUUUUCCAUGUGCUGCCAUACUGACAGACAUUUUCAAACAGUUCAACACUGGGACUCAGUUUGGUUUAUUUGUAAUGGAAAAAUAAACAUUUUUUUAUUUGUUUAUUUUAAUUUGUAAUAUAUCAGCACAACAUGACUGGUUUAAAAGGUACAGUCAAUAUGCAUUUAAUUUUUACUCAAAAGUACAACUUUCAAGAGUCAAAAUGAACAUGACUGCCUUACAUUUAAUGUUUGGCAAUAGUUGCACUUCAAAAAGAACUGUUCGUCUGAAAUCUUAUAAACAAGAGUAAUGCAAUUACUUUUAAUUAACAUGUUGCUAUAGUGUUUGAAAGUGCAAAAUGUAAAAAAUACAUUGUUAUUAACUUUCAAGCUAAUACAACUUUGCCUGGCAACUAAGUAUCUACCAAAUUCAAACAUUUUCUUCCUUAAUUACAUUAACUUUGUUUUGACUGAUAUCGUAAGAAGCUGUUCAAUAAACUGGUCAAAUCCAGGAAAAUUGGGAAUAUAAAAUCACUAUUUUUCAAAAGCAAGAGUGUUUUCGUCAUAUUAUCUUUUGUUAAAUAAAUAAUCUCAACAUAUUUAUUGCACCAGGCCACUAAAAAUCAAAUUCUAGAUAAUACUCUUCAUAAUAGUCAUUUGUAAUGUGUAGCUUUGAAAAAAUCUACAGUUGAGGUGAUCAGUAAAGGAUCAGUAAUUAAAUCUACCAUGAUUAUAAAGAUUUAAUAGAAUUGCAUUACUUAUUUGGUACAGCAUUACUCUGUGAAAGGGAAUAUGGGAAGAAGCUAAUGUUGCUUUGCAGCUUGGACAAAAGGUAAUAACCGGAUUCACUCUAAUAUCAACUCACAAUGAUUCUGUGUAGCCUUUUAACAACACCCUUCCACUAUUAUCUCACACUGUCCUUUGUACAUAAUCAACACUGUGUUUUUAUCACCCCAGAAAUAUUUAAUUAAAGUUAAAACAACAGAAAAAUGAAAAAAAAAAAAUCUUAAGUUUGAACAGGAUGUUGUGGAUGUUGCCAGUUGAACAUACCUGUUCAUGUAAACCUGCAACAGCUUAGCUCAAUAAGUGUUAUUGUAAGGGUGAAAGCAUAAGUAAGGAAACAUACUUUUUUUUUUCCUUUUUCAGAGUCUGCCUUUUUUCACCGAGAAAAGGGCUGAUGAAGUUUCAAGAAUGUUUUUUAAAAUGUGUUCAACACAUCUGAAUACAUGUGUGAGGUUGUCUCUGUUCUGUUUUCAGAAGAUCGAUUAAACACGACGACACUAAUUACUGGUUUCAGGAAGUAGUGACGUAAUCGGUGUGAAAUGCACCGGCGCGUACUGGCCUGAUCUGUCCGAUGUCUACCACAACAGAGUGAGAGUAAUGAAAACCCAACUUUGUGUUUUGGCAUGUAGUAUGGACUAAUGUCCUGUAUUAGACCGCCCCUCAACUAACACAGUGACAUAACUACCAACACAGGACUGAGUUAGGGCAAGUCUUGGACCAAAUUGUUUCGUCACCAUCAACAGAAUUAUGAAGAAAUCUAAAGUUAAAUUACACGUUAAAGAAAAUUAGAGGUGAAAUUAACCUGUAGUAUAACUGAAUAUGUAGUGUGUUGGUAGAUAUGUACCUGGAGUCCCAACCUGUCUCAGUCCUACAGAGUUUUGUCAACACUCCAGUACUGAAAAAGAAGCUCAUUGUUUUAUCUUUUAUUCCUCUCUCAGCAACCACUGGCUGGCUGCUCAGUAAAACCAAAAAUUUGACUGUCAAAAGCAGAGGUUUCUCUUCACACUAAAAGCUGUGCUUCGGUCCCCUGCACAACCUUAAAAACCAACCAUAGAUUUAAUAAUCUUCAACAGCAGACAAAGGAGCCUUCCUUUCAGUACUGCCGAGUGGACCCUCUGUAGCGUAUGCUGUAUUAUUGUUAAGAGCACAACACCGUUGCAAGAGCAUGCAGGAGACAACAAACCAACAGUUGGUUGUUAGAAGCAUCCGUCCCAUUAGUAGCGCUCAUCCUCCCCCUUCAAUUCUGAAUAUUUGGUAUGAAAGAGAUGUUCAUUGUGUUUAAUUGUUAACUAGUGAUGUGAAUAUUAAUCAUAAAAUAAAAAAGAUGGGCAAGAAAACUCA